CUCUGGCGUUUCUUUUAUUUUUAACCUGUAUAUUUAAGGCAACGGUCAGUCAGUAGAAACUGUUUUAAAGAAGUAGCUCUGCCUGUUCCUUAAAAUGUCACCUCUGAACUCUUCUUCUACAGCAUCAUCAUCGUCAGCUCACACGAGAACCUUAAGAGAAGGUGUUUUACUCAACUCAACCCGACUGCUCUGACUCAAAACUUGUUUCAGGUGUGGAGUCGAGGACGGAGCUUCAGUGUCUCUGAGUCAAAGUCUCACACCGAGGACUGCGCAUACACAUGGCUGAAGACGGACAGAGUGAGACGUCGGGACAAACAGAAAGCGGCAGCAGUGAAGACAACUGGACAAUGAACCAGGCGUCUCCUCCGGUGAUCGAGAUUCACGACUCCACGACCGAAUGCGAGGAGGAGGCGAGGGCCAGUCCGGUGCAGAUGGAGGAGAAGGCGUUUGUGUCGAGUCUGCACUCGUUUAUGAAGGAGAAAGGUUCACCGAUAGAGAGGAUCCCACAUCUGGGCUUCAAACAGAUUAAUCUCUGGAGAAUCUACAAAGCUGUUGAAAAACGUGGAGGCUAUGAAAGUGUGACAGCUCAGCGUCUGUGGAAGAAAGUGUACGAUGAGCUGGGAGGAAGUCCAGGCAGCACCAGUGCUGCCACAUGCACUCGUCGACACUAUGAGAGGCUCGUGCUGCCGUUUGAACGACACAUAAAGGGAGAGGAAGACAAACCUCUGCCGCUGAGCAAACCUCGGAAACUGUACAAGAGAAACGUGGAGAGCAAGGUGAAGAAGGCUGAGGUCAAGAGGUCGCGGUCUCAGCUGGACGCGGACAUGGAUUCACAGAUCCUGACACACAGGAGUCCAGAAGCCGCGUGCCGCAGUGACGCCGUGAUGCGUCCUCACUCUGCUCUGUGGGCUGCCACGUCAGACAGACAAUAUCCAGACUGCACUCAACCAAACAGAGACAUUUGCCCUCCCGUCUAUGCUCUUCUCCCGGUCCCUACAUCUAGUCCUUGGACGGCUCAUAUCCCACCUGCUCCUGCUCCUGCUCCUGCUGCUGCUGCUGCUCCUGCUGCUGCUCCUGCUCCUGCUGCUGCUGCAGAGGUCAUCUCUCCUCUGGAGAAGAAGAAGCGAAUGGCUCAGGCGAGCCUGAACUUGGCGCCAAGUCCACAGAGCGAGGACAAGGAAAGGCCCUCGGUCAUCUGCUGCUCGCAGUCUCCGGCACGGGCCUCUUCCAGCCAGAACUGCGGCUCCUCUGACGGCUCCCCGCUCCCUCUGUCGUCCUCCUCUUCCCGCAGCCCGUCCCCGCUCUCCGUCUCAUCGGAGGACAGUCCGCCAAGGAAGGAAGACCCACCUGCGUCAAGCUCAGAACUCAACCAAAGCUGUGUUCCGUCCAGCUGUAGUGAGGAUAAUAAGGCGUCUCAAGACUUUACAGGACCAAACAAAGACAUUUCUCAGCUCAGUUCCCAGUCGCUAACUGCUGAGUCAAUAAAAAAUCAAAAUAAAGACUCUGUGGCGUGGGAGCCGGUCCACAAAUAUCUCACCCACCCUUUCCACUCGAUGUCUACCUCAAGCUUCACCAAAGUUGUCCCAAAGUCCACGCAGCUCCUGCGACCUGCUCCCAUCCGGCCGAGUUACAAAACCCACCCGAGCCGCUCGGCGCCGCCGGACGACCCUGCGGCGCACGGCAAGAAGCUGAGCAACGUGGCGCCGUGGCUCUAUCAGACGGAGAGGAGGGACAAAUCCAGGACAAUGCUGCACAAAGUCCCCGCUCCGCAGAGUCUGUCCCACCCCGGCGCCGCGCUGCCCGUGCUCUGCGUCCUCUCGAGCUACGACAAGUCGGCGAGAGACUCUCGGCACCUGCCUCCGUUUCACCCGGUGUUUCUGCCCAACAGAAUGAGACUGCCACAGUCCCAGCUCAUGUACCACCGUAUACCGGUGGGUCCAGGUCCGUCUGCUCUCAGUGGUUCUGCUGUUUAUCCAUAUCCUUAUUCUGUACCGCUGUUAAAUCCACAGCCUGGAUACAGUCUACCCGCCAUGAAUCCCAUUUAUCCUCACAAGCUGUGAUCUUUCUUUUCUUGUUGUCGUCGUUCAAAGUGACUUUUUCUGUCUAUUCCAAUAAAUGUGAAAUGAGUUCA